UUAGUGGGCUACGUAGGGGUUCUAAUCUAACAAUGCUGACAUCGGCAUCGACAUGGCUUCUUGAGCACGCCAGUGCAAGCCGACGGGUCGUAGCACCAUGGCGGUGGGCUUAUUGCUCUGCAUUGCUUGGUAUUACACCAUUCUUGCUGGAUUCUUCAUUCUUUAUUGUCCUGUUAUGUACCUGAUGUUUUUUAGUCACAAAUUAUACAGAAAGUUUGUUGAUUUAUUAUUUUCUUUGUGGGAAUUGUAUCCUGUGGCGCUGUUUCAAUGUUGUUGUGAUACUCAAUUGCACCACUUUGGUGAUUUUGUGAAACCGGACGAAAAGACUAUAAUUGUAAUGAAUCAUCGCACAAGAGUUGAUUGGAACUAUGUUUGGAUAGCUCUGUACCAUGCAACGCAAAACCCUUCAGGCGAAUUGUGCUCUUGUAAACAAACUGUUCAAAAUCUCAGUGAAUCUAAUAGCAUAUUGGAUCUCGGAGGCAAAUCAAAAAUCAAAUUUGUUUUGAAGGAUGAAAUCAAAAAUAUUCCUGGCAUGGGUUGGAUUAUGCAGUUAAACUUUUUCCUCUACGUAAAGAGAAAUUGGCGCGAGGAUCAAAUAAACCUUUCACAGUUUGUGGAUUACUAUCAGAAGCUGAAUUAUGACUGCAGGCUGGUUCUAUUCCCUGAAGGAACGGACUUGAGUGAGGAGAACCGCCGUCGUAGUGAUAAAUAUGCACAGGCUAAUAACAUACAGCGUUACGAAUACGUCUUGCAUCCACGAACAACUGGUUGGGUAGCAUUAUGUUCCCGAUUGCGAGAGUCAGGCCUGGCCUCAGUAUAUGACGUCACAGUGGCGUAUGACACUCCAGCGCAGACUGAGAUGGAUUUAGUGCGAGGGAAAAUACCGAAAAAUGUGUAUUUUUAUUUUAAAAGGUACUCGAUAGAUAAGUUACCUCAAGACGACACAGCACUUAAAAUCUGGCUCGAGGCCCGUUGGCGCGAUAAGGAGCAAAGUUUGAGAAAAUUUCACAACGAUGGUAAUUUCAUCGACCCACAAACCAACAACACACCACAACAUCGAUCUCCAAGAUCCCUUUUAACAGCAAAAGCAGGAUUCCUAUUCUGGACCAUUGUCGAUAUACUUUUCUUUUAUUUUUUAUGCAAUAGCGUCACAUUUCAAUUCUGGGUUAUAUACCAUAGUUUACUGUUCAUAUUUAUUACAUGGUACUUCGGUGGUUUCCAUAACAUUCAAUAUAAACUCUUAGAAAAAUUAAUUAUGUAAAAAUAUUUAGAAGGUAGAUUUUUUUUAUGAUCUCGUCGAAGAUUUUAGUCGCAAGUUUGAAGUAGAACUGAGCUGAUCACCUCUGCCGUAUGUCGGACGAGCGGUGGGUAAAACUCACCGCUGAGUGAAGCCCACUCAACAUCCACAGACGUCGCGGCAGGCCCAAAAGAAGAUGGUGGGACGAAUUUGACAUCUAUGACAAGAAAAGCUUUAAACAGAAAGGAGUGGAAGGAGGGUAGGGAGGCCUUUGCCCUGCAGUGGGAUGAUCAUGGCUGAAACCUAAAUCUAAAUCUAGUAAAUAAUUUAGAAGUUCGUUGUCACGACUGUGAGUUCUCAUCAAUGCCAAAUUAAUACGUAGCUGCUUAAUGUGAUAAAGAUUAAAGAUAUUGUUUAUCUAUAGCAUAAUUAAUUUUAUUGCAAUAAAUAUCUCGAUAUAAAUUAAAAUUAUUAUAAGCUUAUUGAUAACUGUGUUUAUAUGUAUUAUAUAAUAAAUGCUUCAAGUGUUCUUUACAAUUGUUUGGAAAUAAAUUGUACAGUCGCGUCGGUUA